CAUUCUCUCUCUUGGAUUUUUUCUAACCUUUUUAGGCAACAAAAUGUCAAAAACUUGAGAUGAUAAAAGAGGUUCUUUGUUUCGCUAGAAAAGGGAAGACACCCUUUCCAUUCUUGAACACAAAAGCCAAGUGCUCUCUUUCUCUCUCUAAGGCUUGGCUUUUCUUUUUCGCUGUAAUCUGACCCUAAAACACACAGUACGAUCCCUAGCCGUCCCAGCACACCGAGAAAGGUAAAAUACGAAGAAAAACCCGCUUUCUCUCUCUCUCCAUAUGUCUUUGUAGUCUGCAUGUUCAUGAGCUACGAUUGGGGAAGAGAAAAAUGGCAAGGGAGAAGAUCAAGAUCAAGAAGAUUGAUAACGUGACGGCGAGGCAGGUUACCUUCUCAAAGAGAAGACGAGGGCUGUUCAAAAAAGCUGAAGAGCUUUCGGUUUUGUGCGAUGUUGAGGUUGCGCUUAUCAUCUUUUCUGCUACUGGGAAGCUCUUCGAGUACUCCAGCUCAAGUAUGAAGGAGGUGCUUGCAAGGUAUAAUCUGCACUCUAAUAAUCUGGAAAAGUUGGACCAACCAUCUCUUGAACUGCAGCUAGAGAAUAGCAAUCACAUGAGGUUGAGUAAGGAAGUUGCAGAUAAGAGCCAUCAACUAAGGCAGUUGAGAGGAGAGGAUCUUCAAGGCUUAAAUAUAGAUCAGCUCCAACAGUUGGAAAAAAUGAUUGAAGCAGGACUUAGCCGUGUGCUGGAGACUAAGGAAGUUCGAAUUAUGAGUGAGAUUACUGCACUUGAAAAAAAGGGAGCUGAACUGAUUGAAGAGAACAAACAAUUAAGACAGAAGAUGAUGAUGUUAUAUAAAGGAAAGAAACCUGUUCUUGUUGAGUGCUCAGAUAAUGUGAUCGUGGAAGAGGGAGUGUCAUCAGAGUCUGCAACCAAUGUCUACAGCUGCAACAGUGGUCCUCCUGUGGAAGAUGAUUGCUCCGAUACGUCUCUUAAAUUAGGGCUUUCCCUUCUCUAGCUGAAAGUGGAGCAGCUGCGGUAUGGAAAUAUAUUCAUGUUAAUGAAUAAUUAAGCAGGUCCUUGUCAUAUAUAUGUGAAGACAAUUAACUUGUAAUCUUAAGUUGUCACUUGUAAAGUGUUGGCGAUGGAGAACAUUCAAGCAAGAUGUUUUGCGCUCUUCAACUAAAACUAGUAUAUUGCUAUUGGGCUAAGUUAAUCUUGCGGGCCUGAAUUAAAAGUCCUCAGAUUAACAAACGAUCCAUUACUCCGACGUAUUGUUUCUGGUAUAUUUAACUAAAAUGCUACUCUUAGAAGGCCUACAAAUUCAUUUGA